AUGAAAGUCGCCAAUCUUCUUUCAUCAAUUUUUACUCUGAGCAGCAUCGCCCUCGCUAGUCCGGUCAAACGUGCCGAGUCUCUACACCUUCGAAACUUUUAUGUCCAGCAUGCAGAUGAUGGAACGGGUGCGUUGCAAUUUGCACUUCAUAGUACCGUGACCGGUCUUUCUGAUGAAUGUUUUCUUUCAUGGAGCACAACAAGCGACAUCCAACCCAGCCUCGCAACGAAUAAAUGCCUCAACAAUAACUACGAAUUCGGCUUCCGCUAUGGGAUCGGCAAUAUCGAGAACUUUGUUCUAGUCAUUCAGCGUGUAAAUGAGACACAGCGAGGAUACGAAGUGAUUAGCGCUUAUGCGACCAAUCCCACUUGGAUUUGUACGGGUAAUCCGGUGCCCGGAUUGACGGAACGGUGUGAGUGGAUGGGGAUUUUGGAUAUUGAUUUUUAG